AUGUUGUGGAAACUAGCAGACAAUGUCAAGUACGAAGAAGACUGCGAGAGGUUGGGACAGAACCCACCAGCUAGUGGACGGUUGCCUGAGUUAAUCCGAGAGGCGGAUAACGACUUCCUCCCCCACGUAGCAUCCUCCGGAUCCACCUCGCGUCGGAAGCGCCCUCUGCAACUUUUCUACAGCGCCCCGAACGCCCGAGGGCUCCCGCGAGAGAGGGGACGGUUGCAUCUGUUCUUUUCUCAGGACCGGCAUGAUGGAAGCAGCAAUGGGAAUCCCAGAUUGCCCCACCUCUCUGCCGUCAGCCAGCAUCUCUACAGCCCAGCUCCCCCUCUUUCCCACUCAGGGGCCUCUGAUUUCCAGCCACCUUAUUUCCCUCCUCCCUAUCAGCCGUUGCCUUACUCCCAGGCCAGUGACCCUUACUCGCACCUUGGGGAUCCUUUUUCCAUCAAUCCACUUCACCAGCCACCACCACCUCCUCCCAGCCAGCAGCAGACCAGCUGGCCCAACCGUCAGACCAACCAAGAUCCUUCUGGUUUAUCCCACCAUGCCCGAUCUGGCUUGGUGCCUCAUCUCCCAGCUCUGGAAAGUGGCUCUGUUGGGGCCAGAAGGGAAACCUACAGGCGAUCUGAGCUGCUCUUGCCCCAUGGCCAUGGGCUCGAUGCUUCCAGCCUAGCAGAAAACUUAGGACUGCAUGACAUGGCCCACCAGAUGGAAGAGGUGCAGAAUGUGGAAGAUCAGCACUUAUUAAUGCAUGACCAGACAGUCAUUAGAAAAGGUCCCAUUUCACUAACGAAAAACAAUGCAUUAGGUCUCCCUUGCCAGAAGGAUGGACUCCUGGGUGUCGUGAUCAACCCCAAUGAAGUGUUCUGCUCUGUUCCUGGGCGGCUUUCUCUCCUCAGCUCAACAUCGAAAUACAAAGUGACUGUUGCAGAGGUUCAGCGAAGACUCUCUCCUCCCGAAUGUCUCAAUGCCUCUCUGUUGGGAGGGGUCCUCCGAAGAGCCAAAUCUAAAAACGGGGGCCGCUCACUAAGGGAGAAGCUGGACAAAAUUGGCUUGAACCUUCCUGCGGGCAGAAGGAAAGCUGCAAAUGUGACAUUACUUACGUCAUUGGUGGAAGGUGAAGCUGUACAUCUUGCCCGGGAUUUUGGCUAUGUGUGUGAAACUGAAUUCCCUUCUAAAGCUGUGGCUGAAUAUUUAACUCGGCCCCAUCUGGGCCGGAGCGAGAUGGCCAGCAGGAAGAACAUGCUCCUUGCCGCAAAACAGAUCUGUAAAGAAUUCACAGAGCUCCUCACUCAGGAUCGGACCCCUCUUGGUAAUGCGAGGCCAAGCCCUAUCUUAGACCCUGGCAUCCAGGGAUGUUUGACUCACUUUAGCCUGAUCACUCAUGGAUUUGGGAGCGCUGCAAUCUGUGCAGCGAUGACAUCUGUGCAGAACUACCUGAAUGAAGCACUCAAACUAGCAGACAAAUCAUAUAUGAAUGCGGGGGAUCAAAGCCCCCCAGAUGCCAAUAAAAACCUUGAGAAGAUGGAUAAGCACCGGAAGUGAGCGUGAAAGGAUGACAGAGACACACACAGAGAAGACAGAUUUAAAAACUGUUACUGCACACAGACUUAAAAGAUCUUCUUGCCUAGGGGGCAUGUAGAUAUCUAUUAGAACUUGCUUUGGGGCAUCUUUUUUUUUUUUAAUUUUCAACCACAUCCUCUUCUGGAGACAUGUGAGUCUCUUUCUCUUCUUUAAAGCUGCUGUUAUCCAUUCAUUUGGGACGAGGUACCCGAAGGUAAACGUGGAUAUAUCCUUUUAAUUUUUUUUUUUAAAAAAUUUAAAUUGUAAAAGGUGGUGCUAUCUCCUUUUUUCCUUGUAUGGAAAUUUGUUACAUGCUAUAUAUAGACACUUUCAGGCAAUGUUUUUCCUCCAAUACACUUUGCGUAGUGGGAUCUCAGUGAAAUUCAGCAAUAAACCAGUUUUAGCAGGAUGUGAAUAAAUGUACUGAAGUCACAUGCUCAUGUGCUCUCCCUUCAUGAGAAAGGGAAGUGACUGCAUCUCCUUUCUGUUCAAGUAAAGCCAUGGUUUAUUGUUACAUCUGAAAAUAGCAAGCUGGGGUUUACUGAAAUACCACAAGCUGUAAUUUGAUU